AUGAAUGGCAUUGCUUGCUGGCUCAUGCUCGCUAUAAACGUAAUUACAUAGAUUUACAUAAAAACAAAGUAAAGCCCAAACUAAUAAUUAAAUUUAAGAUGGAUGCACAACAGUUCAUGCAGCUGGCUUUGUUGUUACUAUGACAACAAGAUCCGCCUUCGGAACGGGUUUUGUGGAGACAAAUUGUAAUAACAAUACAAUUUCAGGUAAAUGCCAAAGAUAAGAGUUGCGGAGGCCGCGAUGACGGCCUCGUCUACUCCAUACAUCACCACAGCCAUCCCGAGUUCCGCAUAAACCCACAGACGGGCGAGAUCUGUGUCGCUAAAGCCCUGGAUUUCGAGCGCCAGCAACGCUUCCAACUCACCGUUUUCGCCAGCAGCCAAGGUAGGAGCCACCGUCAGCAUCGCACUUAGAAUCCCACCGUGCGCACUCCUGUAAACACUUGAGAGUUAAAAAUAGCCACGAAAUAUGAAAGGAGAACCAACACGCAACCGAGUCUUUCUUUCCUAUCUCCCUUAAUAACUUUACGCCAACAACGGGCCUAGCAUAAUGCACCUGUUAAGGUGAUUCUGAAUUAUUUACACAUAUUGCUUUUUCCCAUCCUCCGAGUAAUUAGCCGCCCUACGUCAAGUAGAAGUAAUCCCCUCUUAAUUACACCUUUUUCAGACCAGAAGUCGGCUACCGCGCUUGUUAAUAUUAAUGUGCAAGAUCUUAACGACAAUGCCCCAAUAUUCUCCCUCUGCAUUACUUCGUUACCAUCAGUAGUAAUGACCCCGUGAACGCGUCGUUACCGCUGCUACAGGUUCAUGCUACAGACAAGGACAACGGUGAAUUCGAGGGAUUGUUGUACAGCCUGGUAGACAGUUAUGACAAAACCUUCAAGGUCGAUGCCCACUCAGGGUUACUGUAUUACAUCAAGAAAGCACCCACCUCCAUGAUAGAGAAAAAACACAUCGAACUGACAGUAACAGUAUCAGAUGUUGGGAAACUGCAGAGUAAUGACAGUGUGAGUAAACCAUAAAUGAGGGACAAGAAGAAUAAAAAACACUUUCAGGCCGUUAUUCAUGUGAACCUGGGUAACACCAACGACUGUCCAGCCUUCUCCAACAAGAUAUACAAGUUCAAGGUAUCAGAAGACGUUCUUCCCGGUAUAGUGAUAGGAGAACUGUCCGCAAAAGGAGCUACGCUCAUUAACAUACAAAAGGUGAACGAGGAAGACCCAGAGUACUUCUAUCUUGAUGGUGGAAAACUCUCCGUUUCCAGGGACAUCUCAGAAUCGGACAUUUAUUUCUUGACCGCCCAAGCCAUCUCAACAUCAGGCUGCACAAGUUUUGCGCAAGUUCAGGUCGAGGUGGAUGACGUGAACAACCAUGUUCCGCAGUUCAAUACAGACGUCUUGAAGAUCUCCAUCCCGGAGAACUUCCCUAUCCACACCAACUUCUUCUCGGUUCAAGCCCAAGACAAAGACAGAAAUGAGGUAUAAUUAUAUAACGUUCGCCAGUAAUUACAGUAGGGAAAGUUGAACAUUUUGAAAGUAUGGGCCUGCAGGUUCUCUAACAACUUGUCAAUUAAUAAGAGUAUACCCACACGCUUAUUUACAGAAUGGCAGAAUAACAUACGAACUCAUGUCAAGCCGACCUCAUUGCCCAGUCAUAAUCCAGCCAAUUACUGGCCAAACCAUACUAGCAGCCCCUCUUGACUACGAGAAUGUGCAAGAGUACCAGUUGGUCAUUAGAGCACAAGAUCAAGGUAUCCCAGCAUUGAGUUCCACAGUCAAUGUUACACUCAAGGUGCUGGAUGUGAAUGAUAAUGCUCCUGAAUUCAAGCAAAGUCUUUACAAAGCCGAAGUAAGCGACAAACAACAUUUCGUCAAACAAAAUUUUGUAAAAAAAAUUUCGAAAGACAUUUUUCUGUCAAAAAGACUUUUUAAAAAUUAUUUUUUCGAAAAAAGGAAAUCGUUGCCAAACCCAACAAAUAAAUAAAGGAAAAUUUAUUUUUUUGCAGUAUUACUAGCCAAAGGAUCAAAUAUUCUCUUCAAAACUCAAUUGUUUUACAGAAACUCUUUUUAAUUAAUUUAAAAUUAAUUAUUUUAGGUACCUGAAAAUGCACAGUUAAUGACAACUGUGUUGAAGGUGUUGGCAUCAGACAAAGACAGCGGGAACAAUGGCAAAGUGAAGUACAGGUUGGUAAAAACCUCAUAUUCUGAGUUCGAAAUUAAUGCUGUAACCGGAGAAAUAUACUUGAAUCAGGAGCUGGAUCGUGAACGACAGUCGGAUUACUCUUUUGUUGUUGUAGCUUCUGAUUCUGGAAGUGUAAGUUUUUUUGUUCGAAGGUUUUUACGUAGUUUGUUACCUAAUUUAUGCUAAAAAUGUUAAAUUUAAGAGUAUUUUGUGUUUCGAUGUUUUAUAUUAUAGUUAAUCAGAAUGAUAUUGUUUUAGCCGGAGCUGGAAACUAACGCAUCAGUUCAUAUAAAAGUAUUGGACAUAAACGAUAACAGUCCCAAUUGCUCGACGAUACAGCCUUUUUACAUCAAACGGGGCGAAGAUAGACACAUAAUUGGUGUUAUUGACGCGAAAGACGCUGAUAACGGUGCAAAUGGUACAGUCACCUACAGAAUCCAAAGACAUAAUGAAUACUUUGAUGUGAAGACGAGUGGUCACAUCUCCAUCAAGAAGAAGCUGCCUCUGAACCUGGAGAGCUACGGUUUCUUCGUGAUCGCUGAAGACGGUGGACCAACUGCACGCUCUGUAGUUUGUCAGGUACGUGUUAACAUCGAGAAGAGAACGAAGACCAUCACCGUGCUGGGUCCUGUAGAUUCCUUGAUUAAGUUAGAUCCGGCUUGUGGAGUCGGCUGUCAGCUAGCACGAAUAAACGUUACCAAUGUGGAACGAUGGGAAUUAGAAGAAAGUACUGUAUCACAGUAUUUUGACGUUAACGAUGGGAUUCUGAAGUUGGUGAAGAAGAUUGAAGACGAAAGUCUGUUUCUGACACCACGACAACUUGUAAUUAACAUGUUUGAGAAGGAGAACAAGCAAAAGCAGUUGACGUUUACGGUAAAAAAAUGGUUAAGGGUAAUGAACAAUGAACAUACGAACACAAUCAAGGUAUCUGAACAACUGGUACCCGGCACCAAGGUCGUAUCUGGUGGAGGGGCUUUGGAACACUGUUACUACAAUUUGGAUCAGAAUUGGAGCCAGACUUUUGGACUGAACCCGUCUACUGGAGAUGUCUAUUUAACAUCGUAUUUCAAUUACUCUGAUGUGAACUCGUAUACGAUAAGACUGACAAGACACAACAUCUUGAUACCUGAUCUCGUGGAGUCUACAUUGAUAGUUGAAGUAGAAAACGAGAAUCUACAUUCUCCGAAGUUCUCUUCUGUCUACUACAACUUUUCUGUGAUAGAAGAUGUACCGAUCGGGACACGGGUAGGGCAACUUAGUGCUUUUGACGAAGAUGAUGGUAACAACAAGACAUUGACGUUUAAGAUGGUGGGGGACAACUCUUACUUUACCGUCGAUGAAAGUAAUGGAGAGAUUUACACCAAAACCGCUUUGGAUUACGGUAAACAAGAAAAGCAUCAAUUGGUGGUGGAGGUGCUCGACAAUCCUCCAGACUUUAGAAACAAGCGUAGCAGUAAAUGUGUGGUGGUGGUGGAUGUUAUUGAUACCAACAACCACGUUCCUCUGUUUCUGUCUGAUAGCAAUAUUACUAUCGUAUUGGACCCGUUAGUCAACUCUAUUCCAGUCCAUUAUUUUGUAGCAGAAGACAGUGAUUCUGGAGACUUUGGGAGAGUACGGUACUCGAUCAUUGAUGGUAACAAACCUGAGUAUUUUAGCUUGGAUUCUGUUACAGGUAAGGUGAUGUUUGUGAAUAUAACCUAAGUUCAGUAGUUUAUAUAAAGUUUACUAAAGAUAAACAAUGCUUUAGGGGAGUUAUCGAUGAUUCAUCGACCAGACGGAGUUAUAAAGCUUACCGUACGGGCUGCAGACCAGGACCUGGUAACCCCACAACAUACGGAUCAACUUUUUACAGUGAAUGUAAAGCAAAAUGAAGUUCAAUGGUUCUUCUUCUCGAAGUCUGUAAACGAAAUUACAGUAACCGAUGCUGAGAAAGGCGCUACUCUGAUUGACUUUGGAAAGAAAAUCAAAAGUAAGUUUUUGUUGAUAUUUAAGUGUUAUUCUAGAUACUUUAUUUUCUAUAUUGAUAUACUGUACUUUUAGCUAAUUCUUUGUACUUUAAACUUCUGCCACAAACCGAAAAGUCAUUUUUGAUCGACCAAUCUACUGGCGUAGUCAAGUUGAAUUCUGAUAAUUUGCAACAACCUAAGUACCAUCUGACAGGUACGUUGUGGUUAAUAUAAGAUUAAGUAACCUUGUUUUUAACUGUUUUAUGACUACAUUACAGGUUAUAUUAUAUUAAAUAAAUGUAUAUUUUACAGCUUACGUACUCGACAAGAUCAGCAACAAAUCUGAUACUACUUCUGUCGUAGUCACCGUACCAGAAGUACAAUAUGGCCCCAAGAUGUCAGACGUCAGUUGUGGAGAGAUAUCGGUAAUCGAGAACAGGAACUUUGAUUCUCUCACUCGAGUUGUGGCUACAAUCAAUGGAAAGCCUUCUAAAGAGAUACACUACAGUAUCGUCGGGGGUUCUGGAGGCGAUCGCUUUGAGAUCAAUCAGGCUUCUGGAGUCAUUUCAUCUAAGCCUUUGGACCGAGAAUCUCAAGAUGAAUAUAUUCUGGUGGUGUCUGCAUCUGACAAACAUACUCCACAGAGAGUGGAUGUGUGUACUAUAAAAGUUCAUGUUUUGGACGAAAAUGACAACGCUCCUGAAUUCAAAGAUAAUGCUACAGUAAUCUUUACGAUCACGGAGAAGGACGCUCCUGGAGCCAUUAUUGGGAGGGUUGAAGCUACUGAUAAUGACAUUGGACCUGGCGGUAAAGUGUGGUACAAGCUGAGUAACGACGAAAGCGGAAUGUUGGACAUCAUUCCUUCUACUGGCGAUAUCAUCUUUGCAAGGUAGGAUAUUAAAUUUAAAGAAAAAACACUAUUUUUUGAUUACAUUUAUUGUUCAUAUUAGUAGAAGCUUGUGACAGGAAUGUUGAAAAUGUCUCGUAUUUUAGAAAUCUUCCAUUUACAAGCUUUGGGUGGGAGGCUACGGUGAUUGCUGAAGACCUUGGGCUGAGUAAAACACUACAUUCAUCUAAAACAAUUACCAUCAAAUGGGAGAGAAAGUCGAUCAAGGUAACUGACAUUGAUGAGGUUCAAUUUUUGCGUCACAACUACACGGCUACAGUAAUCGAAGGGCUUCCGAAGGGAACUUUUGUGAUUCAGGUAUGCUAAACAGCAUCAUUUUGUAUACUUUGUAAACUGUUAUUAUUAUUUUGUACUCUAGGUUGAAAGCACAGACAUCUUCAUGCCCAUAAACAAGGUCACCUACAAGAUAAUAUCUGGCAACAACGACGCUGCCUUCACCGUAGAUGAACUCGGAGUACUGAAGACAGCUCAAGUAUUGGACAGCGAGAUCAAUUCCGUCUACAUCCUCAAACUGGUAGCCAUUGGUAACUUUAGAACAUUGCCAGAAUGUCUUGUCACCGUGAGAGUUAUUAAUGUUAACGAUAACUCUCCGAUCUUCUCCCCUCCGUUGAUCCAACAUAUUGAGGAAGAUCUGCCUUCUGGCUCUUUGGUGAUGUCAGUAAGAGCUCGUGACGCUGACCCGGAGAGUAUUCUGGAGUACGCUCUGUCUCCGCCUACAGAAUUCUUCCAUCUGAAUCGUUUCACCGGAGAACUGCUCCUUCUGAAGCCUUUGGACUUCGAGACUCAAGCUGUUCAUGUUCUUAAUGUUCAUGCCUACGAUGGAGAACAUACUGUAUUCACAGAGUUUACAGUAAGGGUUCUUGAUGUGAAUGACAAUGCUCCUAAGUUCUCCACGGACCUGUUUGAGUUUAGUGCUGGCGCUACUGUACUACAAGGUGCUACAAUCGGAAGGAUCAGCGCGAUGGAUGCGGAUUCAGAAGAGUUUGGAAGGCUACACUAUUCUCUAAUUGAAGCGCAAAACUUUGUGGCUCUGGAUGGAGAUACUGGGCUUGUAACGCUUAUGAAGCCGUUACGAAGCGAUCAGAAUGUGUUUUUGACCGUACAAGUAGGUGUUAUCGACUUUAUUUUGGAUAUAACUGUACCCAACUUUACUUCUAAUUAAAAACAAUUUUAGGCCAGAGAUUUCGGCACACCGCCACUGAUGUCAUUGUCGACCAUUCGUCUUUCUGGAGCUACAAGAACCAACAAAAAGGCUCCAAGGUUCAAGAAGACUGAGUUCAAGUUCAUGGUGGCUGAAGACUUCCCCUUGUACUUAUCUUUCGGGCAAGUAGACGUUACUACUGGUGUGAAUGCUCUCCUUGAAUACUCUAUUAUCAGUUUCGAUGGAUCUUCACCGCCUUUCAAGAUAUUGCCGAAUGGAAAGCUGUACCUUGUGGGACCAUUGGACUACACUGCCAAACAGACUUACAAUUUCGAAAUUUCUGUCAAAAACGCUUUCGAACCGGAAAACUCACGGAAUACUGUAGUUUCAAAAGCCAACUUGUUUAUUACGGUAACUGAUGCCAAUAACAAUGGGCCUGUAGUGGAUGCAUCUUCAAGGAACAUCAACGUCACAUUGAAAGAGAAUUUCGAAAAGGGACAGUUUAUUGCAAAGUAAGUGUCAGGUCAUACUGAGGAAUGGAACCUUAAUAUUUUGAUUGAUUUUUAACCAAAUUUUAUUUUUAGAAUCCAGGCCGCUGAUGCCGACGCCGGAAACAAUGGAAAGUUGAGUUACUUCAUCCUCGCCAGUAGUGUCCCGUCGAUGCUUAAAUUGGAUGAAAAUACAGGUGACGUAACCUUCGAUCAGUGGUACGACAACAGCUUUACUGAACUGCGAUCUCGUCGUGAUAUCACCGAAGAGAUUAUUGUCUUAAUCAGUGAUAACGGAGCCAAGAAACGAUGGACGAACACUAAGAUGACUGUGACCUUGUUAUUCAACGAUUGGUCAGGUUCAGCGCCGUUCUUUCCUGUACCCUAUUACAAAGCCUUCUUGCCUGAGGCUACACAUGAAGGAGCUACCGUUGUUAAUGUUCGACCGGUAAACCGACUAGGUCUUUAUGACAAUUCUUGGAGGUACGAUAUAAUACACAAUGACGAGAUAUUCACCAUCAACUCUACUGAUGGUACUGUAUAUCUUAGUGGAAAGUUAGACUUUGAGCUGCACAAUGAGUACGAGUUUAUAGUUACAGUAUCUGACAGUAUGGGUAGGUCAGAUCGUAUCUCUGUCUACGUCUCUGUAUUGGGGAUCGAUGAGAAUGCACCUAUGUUUACUAUGCCGUCAUAUGAGUUUUAUGUAAGUUAACCUCAUACAGUUUACUAUAAUCAUUAUAUUCUAGUUUUUUAUUAACUUAUAUUGUUAUAGGUUCCAUGGAGUGCCAGUGUAGGACAAGAAAUCGGGAUAGUUGAGGCUACAGAUGCCGACAAAGGAGUUCACAGUAAAGUCGUAUACACCUUACAAGAUAAACAUCUCAAGUCAAUUGGCAUUGAUGGUGCAUCCGGCACUUUGAUGUUAUUGGAGCCUUUGUCACGUUACAGUAACCACUCUGUUGAAGAGAUUACGGUAAUCGCAUCUUCAAGUCCAGUACAAUUUUCAAAAGUGCCAGUGACUCUUCACUUCAUGGACUCUACUGAUGUUAUCUACACCAUCCAGAACAAUGUUCCCCACCUCAACAGACUGAUCAUAGGUAUCGGUACCAGUUUGUUCGUACUGUUUUGUGUACUUCUCGUCUUCAUGUUGUACAAAAUAAUGCAAAGAAGAGGUCAGCUUCAGAGACCGAAGCGACACAUUUACUCUGUAGCAAAAGGCAACGUGGCUACGAUGGCCAAUGUCAACAAGAUGUCACCCAACUAUUUCAAGACUGUCAAGAGUAUCUCCAGCACAGCACAUACCACCAUCUCCCAGCCAUGCUCCAUCAAGUCAUACGAACACGAAGAAAUCAACGUCAAGCCAGAAUCUGAUUACGUACGGUCGUGUGAUGAAGCUAUGCUCAGGUCGCAAAUAGAUUCAGGCAUCGACCCGGAUUCCUCGUCAAUCGUGAGUGGAGUUACGGACUAUCUGAAUCAUGUCACUGCCAGAACCUCUAUUACCUUCAGCUCAACAAACCCAAUAGUUAACCAGAUUUUGAAUGCUAAUAUACAGGAUGAUGUUAGUGCCAAUGAAGCACCUAUAUCAAGUAUUCAGCCAACUGUUGGCUUGGCCCGACCCCUGUCAAUUAGGAAACAGGUAUGAGUAAAGUUGUUGACAUAUUGUGAUUAAAUAUAGAUAAAAUGUAUAUUUAUUGUAGUUAACAUUUCACAAUUUUAAUUUUGAAUCGUUUUCAGUUACACUUUAACUUCCCCGAGUUACCGUCCAUCAACAGAAUAAUCUCCGAGAACGAGAAGGACGACAACAUACUGCUUUAA